UAAGCGUGGUUGCCACCUGAGGACAGAAUCCAGGCUGUGUUUCCUGAGCAAAAGCCAAGCUCUGCUGCUCACAGCUCAUCCAGCCACCAUGAAGACCACAGGGCUGCUGCUGCUGCUCUCUCUGGCCCUUUUCUGCAUCUCAGUUCCAGCUGCUGAUGCACUGCAGGCUGCACCCAUCUACUGCAGGAACCAGAGGACUCUGAGGAAUAUGUGUUCCAUGGAGUAUGUCCCCCACUGCGGCUCUGAUGGUGUCACGUACCCCAACAAAUGCAUGUUCUGCAAUGCAUACCUGAGAAGCCGUGGAGCUCUUGGUUUGAGAUCUCUUAAUGCGUGUUAAUUUCUCGACGGGAUUCAGCUGAGAAAGCUGGCGAUGUUCCCCAUGGCAGAUGACUUCCUAAACCCUUGACCUGACCCUUGAAAACCUCUUAUCAGUCCUGAAACCCCUGCUAAUAAAAAAAAAAAGA